UCAAUGGAUCACAUUAAUUCCCUGCCCAACUGGGAGUCCUACGUCUAAAGAUUCAGCUACACCUAAAAUUUCUCAGCAAAAAUGAGAGGUGUAAACGUGGAUAUGAUAUGUUGUAAUACAAUCUUAAUUAAGAUGGAGUACUAUUAUAUUAUAUAGCUUAAUUUGUUCUGUGUUUUAUUUUUUUUCACUCUUGUUAAUAUGGCGGGGAUGCUCCCCGGCGUCGAAUUCGCCCGCAAGCGGAGGCUUCGCGGCCAAGGCGGCUCGGCAGAGCUGCCGUCGGCCGGUUCGCGGCGAUCGCCGUUUUGUCAAUACAUGGCUGGAUAUGAUCAGGCUCACCUUACAACCAAUUCAAUGCAGCGAAAUAGCUUGAGCAAAGAGCUUCACGAUUGGAGGCUAGGAAGCACAGCACGGGAGGCAAAGGAGAGGUUGGAUGAGAAGCUCAGAAGUCAGAGAGCGUCCAUCAUCGAAAGGCAUCACAGUACGGGGAGCUUAAGAUCCAAUAAGACUUCGAGUCGCGGUUGCAGCGGCAGCAGCGAUGACGGAGGCGGUGUGGCGCCAUCGGGAGUCGGGAGUCUACAGAGAGAAGUUUACUCGGUGAGGAAGAGCGCGAGGAGGUUCAACUGGAGCAAGUUGGGGUGGGAGGCGGCGGAGAAGGCGGAGUGCGCGGUUUGCCUGGAGGAUUUCAGGAGGGGGGACAUCCUCGUCCACCUCCCCUGCGCCCACCGCUUCCACUGCAGCUGCGUCGUGCCAUGGCUAGAGACCACCCCGCACUGCCCCAUCUGCAGGACGUCGAUCUUCGCCUAACUAUCAAUUUUUCCGCAUCGUGCCUUCGAACAUUCUGUGCAUCGAUAGUUUUUUUUUUUUUUUUUGAGAGAUAGGUAGCACGCUAUCCGCUUGGUUUAUUUCAUUUGGAAAUAAACUUAGCUGGAAAUGUGAAUCAAGUAGAAUUCGAACUUGGGUCUCGGAUACCAACCACCAAAUUCUUUGCCACUUGUUCUAGGGACGGUCGAUUGUGCAUCGAUAGUUUUAUAAAGUAAUUUACUAUAGUUUGAAGAGCUUGUGAGGUUAGUGUAGUUAGCAUGCAUCUAAGAGUGUUGGCUUUGGGAGAAAUGGAUGAAUGUGCUUAUUUGCCAAAAAAUAAUGAUAGUAAAAAAAAAAUUUAAAAAAAAAUCUUGAUCUAUGAUCUA